AUGGGAGAGACUGCUGAUUCGUCAAGUCGAAAUCCUUCUGAGCAUUUCCACCGUCGCGACCAGUCCAUGAUUCGUUACUACAAUGCGACUAACCACAGUCCAAGUGUGAUGGACUUGGUUCGGGUGCGUUGGCUGCAGAUUUACACCAAUCCGUGUAAAUCAAAGAGCAUUCUCAAGAAGCAACCCAUGACCGGUGCAACCAGCCACGCAGAGAAGCGAAUCCAGUUCCAGGCUACUCCGACAGUACACUGCGUGACGCCAAUCGAGAACCCUGAGGAGUAUUACGGCACCUACACGAAACUGUCAAAAGAAGAGCGACGCUGGAUGGUGCACUACAUCACCAGCCUGGAUUUCGCUCAAUUUUGUCCUCCUUAUAGUGACGACACGUCGGUUGCGAUCGUCGAGAAGAAUGAUCGAUGCCGUGAUAUCUCUACGAGAAUUCAUUUUCUCGAGAAUGUGACGGCAGAUACCAGGGAAUAUCGAGGCAUCCACCCAAUUCUAGCACUUGAAUCGCAUCAAGAGAAUCUGGCCAAACUCGUCGAUAAGGCGCUCAAGCACUUACCACCAGUAUCGGAAGAUGGCGAGGAUACGUCGAAAUUAUUGAAACUAUCAGAUGGCUCUCAACGGCGCAAGCCGGAUUUCGUCUCGGUCACCCGCGGGCCUGGGAUGCGGGCGAACCUCUUCACUGGACUCGAUACAGCCAAAGGCCUGUCCGUCGCAUGGCAGAUUCCAUUUGUGGGCGUCCAUCAUAUGCAAGCCCAUCUCCUGACUCCUCGACUUGUUUCCGCCAUGGACCGAGCGCAACAAGGCCCCGAUGUCACCUCUGCCAACCCACCUCUAACCCCCGAAUUUCCCUUCCUCUCUAUACUAGUCUCCGGUGGCCAUUCAAUGCUUGUUGGGUCUACCUCUAUUACAGACCAUACCAUAAUGGCAUCGACUGCGGAUAUCGCGAUCGGCGAAGCUCUCGAUAAAGCUGCGCGAGAAAUCAUCGCACCCUCUGUCCUCAACGAAGCCAAAACUACAAUGUAUGGCAAACUGCUGGAACAAUUUGCCUUUCCCAACGGCAGCGCAGAUUGGAGUAACUACUGUGCCCCCAAGACCCGAGGCGAGGAGCUGAUCAAGCAGCCAAGCCCGUGGGGCUGGACCCUCACGUCUCCCUUCGCCAACACCCGGCAGCUGCAGUACAGCUUCUCAUUUCUGCCAAGCAUGAUCAACAAAUUGAUGGGAGCGAAGAAGACAGCAGGCAAGGAAGUCUCGGAUGAGGAGCGAGUUGCUCUGGCCCGUGAGGCGAUGCGCGUCUGCUUUGAGCAUCUGGGUUCGCGGACGAUCAUCGCUCUUGAGGAGCUGCAGCAGAAAGCGCGGAACAAGGGUGUCCCAGAUGUCAACACGCUCGUUAUUAGCGGUGGAGUCGCAGCUAAUAGGUUUCUGAUGGCUGUGCUACGAUCGUUCCUUGAUGUCCGCGGGUUCGGACAUGUUGAAAUUGUUGCGCCGCCGCCGUAUUUAUGCACGGACAAUGCGGCCAUGAUCGGGUGGGCUGGGAUUGAGAUGUUCGAGGCAGGCUUCAGCACGGACCUCGGUGGUAGGGCUCUCAGGAAGUGGGCUCUUGAUCCGCGUGCUGAGGAUGGUGGACUUUUGGGCGCUGACGGGUGGAUGAUAAAGAAAGGCAAGGACACUGUAUACUAG